CUCUCUUGUCUCCUCUGAGGCAGGGACUCUAAAGAGUGUUCUGUGCUCAUCAAUGCAGUCAAAGACAGAACAGUUAGCAUGUUUUGCUCAAACUUCCGUCAUGGCAUUAGAAUUGGUACCACGCUGUCGCCAUACAAUGGUGGCGCCGUGGGUGGAAACUUGCAGUUUAAGGUGAUGUAAUAAUAUAAGAUCCCCUUUAUACGUCACAGGGGGAGCAAAAUUUGAGCGGCUCUUUUUCACAAGCUUGCAGAGAAAGGCUUACAAAAAAAAUGUACUUAAACACAGAAAAAGUAGCAUUUUCAUGAUAUGUCACCUUUAAUAGUUAUACAUAUAUAUUUCUAAUGGUUUUCCUUUUAGGCUCCAGAGCUGUUUACUGUGGAGCAUGCUUGGGAAGCACUGAACAUUUCAGAAGAAAAAUUGCUUGGCCCUCUUGGAAUGAAGACCUUAGACCCAGAUGACAAGGUUUACUGUGGCGUUUAUGACAAUUCUCUGGAAAAUGACAACUACAACCUCGCCAGAGGCUUCAACUACCAUCAAGGCCCUGAGUGGCUCUGGCCUAUUGGUUACUUCCUCCGUGCAAAGAUCUACUUUGCAAAGAAGCUUGGAAAAGACACCUAUGACAAAACAGUGUAUUUGGUGAAGAAUGUCCUCUCUCGCCAUUAUCUCCACAUGGAACGGUCAUCCUGGAAGGGACUGCCAGAGCUCACUAAUGAAAAUGGCCAGUACUGUCCUUUUAGCUGUGAAACUCAGGCCUGGUCUCUUGCCGCUGUGCUUGAGGUUCUUCAUGAUCUGUGAGCAGAGGUCAUGCACCCUUAUCUUGUUUGAGUGCUGUUUACCUAAACAGGUCUGAGGACACAUUAAUAGAGCUAAUAGCAGAUAGAGUGUAAAGUGCAACGCAUCAUCCUGUACUUCCGAAUUCCUUGUUCCUCAUUUUCCCCUCCCUUGCCAUCAAGCUUCUACUAGACUACUAAAGACUGUGAGAUUGACUUUUAUAGAGCUGGGGUACAUCAUUUAAAUGUUGAUGUUAUUCUGUCAGAAUGUUCAGAACGUGUCUAGUAUAACCUAUAAUUAGUUUGUGUGUAGUGAUGGUCCUACUACUUUGCACACAAACAUCUUUCACUGUGAUGUAAGGUUACUUUUGAAACUCACUAUAUGUUUUUGUUUGCAUGUUUCGAAAUGAAUGAAUAAUUAGGAAAACUAAAAAUGGAUAUAUAUAUAUGAGAAAAUAAAAAGAAUGUUUAAAGACUG